UGUCAAUAUAGAAACACAUCUUCUGAUAAAUAUCGUUGUUGCACAACUAAAUUCCUUUUCUAUUGUGUUUAUGAUAACUAUAGUAUAGGUAGCAGUUUUGAGUUCAAGUUAAAAAAAUAUUAUGGGUAAUUUGAAAGAACAUGAGAUCACUCUGCAAGAGGUUAUUUAUAAACCCAAAAGUAGUACUGGCGGUUCAACAAAACUUAAUCAAGAGAAUGAAGAAAAGAAAAUGACCAGUCCAUUUUUAUACUUUGUAUCUUUUAUCGUUAACCUGAUGUCAGCCACGUUUGGGAUUCUUGCGGUUUGGAUUUCACCAGUAUCACUGAAACUAUUGUCAAACAACUCAGAUAUCAAUCCUCUUGAAGAACCUGUCACCCCGGUGGAGUUGUCUUUUCUUGGAUCUCUUCCCGUACUUGGAAAUUUGAUUGGAUUCCUAUUGGUCGGAAAUUGCUUCGACAUUUAUGGAAGAAGAAAGGGACUGCUAGUGAUUUCUGCUAUAAUCAUUGCAGAUUUGAUUUGCCUCGCAUUCUCCACACAUAUAGUCUUAUAUUAUAUAUUUCUCUUCAUGAACGGCUUCGCUUUUGCAGCCGGGAUGCUUGGAACGACUAUGUAUUCUAGCGAAAUAAGUGAAGAUCAUAAUAGGGCAAAACUUGCUUGUUUCAUAUCAAUGGGAUUACCUCUUGGAAGUCUUUUUGGUUAUGCAGCUGGUCCAAUUUGUUCUGUGAAAUUAUUUACACUCUUAUGUACCUUGCCGAUGGCGAUUUAUUUUGUUAUAUUCAUUACGAUUCUACCUGAAUCACCAGUUUACCUCAUCAUGAAGGGAAAUAUGAAUGGUGCCAAGAUUGCUUUGUCAAGAUUAAGGAACAAGAGCCAUCGCUUCGUGUCCAAAGAAGUCGAAACGAUUGAAAUAGCUCUAAGUGUCAGUUCAAAAUCUGAAACAAGUGCUACUUUUGUAUCGCUCGUGAAAAACAAGUCAACCAGAAAAAGACUCAUCCUUGCCAACAUGGUAUGGGCAUUCGCAUUUUUAACCGGAGCACCAGGUUUGAUGUCUUUCCUUGGGAUUAUUUUCGAAGAAUCUGGUACAGGCGUAUCGCCAUUCAUAAGUUCCAUAGUAGCGGCUUCAGUUCAAGUUAUCUGUGCUUUUAUAGCAUCUUUCAUAGUUGAGUCAUAUGGUAGAAGAUGUCUUUUACUCAUAUCUUCACUUGGAUGUAGUAUACCUUUGUCAUUACUCGGCUUAUUUUUUUGGUUGAAACAACAGGGAUCCCCUUUGAUGGAGUCCAUUGGAUGGAUGCCAGUUACUAGUGUUAUAUUGUUUUGCAUUGUCAAUGGAAUUGGAUUUGGCUGUGUCCCAAUGGUUCUCCUUAGUGAAAUAUUCCCAGUAAAUGUCAGGCCGAUUGCAAUUUCUUUCAUAAUGGUGAACAACGAUCUGAUAAUGGGUUUUGUUAUAUUUCUAUUUCCGAUCAUGAUGUCAACAUUUGGUUUAUAUUGGGUAUUUUGGAUACAUAGUCUAUUAUGUAUUAUAUCAUUCAUAUUCAUUUAUUUUUACUUACCUGAAACAAAGGGAAAAAGUGUAUUGGAAAUGGAAAAAUUAUUUACCUGAUAUUAUCAUGAUGGGGAAUAAUUAGGUAUAGAUAGUGUUGAAAAUAUAAAGAAUUAUUCAGAAUAUUGGUCAUCAGUUCAUUUGACAAAUUAGGAAUAAUCAUUAGCGAUUCCGAAGAAUGUUUAGAUAAUAAUUUUGAUGCAGUUCAUUAUUGAAAUAUUGAUGUGGCUCUUCAGAGUUUUAUUUUAUCAUCAUUAUUUCUUAUUCAAAAGUACCUAUCAAUUAUGGAAACUCAUGAAUAGUGUUCGAGCUAAUUAUUAUUCAUUCACGUACAUAGUUGAGACGUCAGUUGUUCUGAAAGCGAUAUAUUCAAAAACCAA